UAAUCCUCAUCCUCCAACAGUACUCCGUAUUCUGACCUUUGGCAAAAUACAAUGGUGGUAGCGCGACAACAGGAAUGGACGCCAAGUCGCUCCAGGCCUUAUGAUCAUACUAUGUGGGCCUUAUGAAGAUCAGGGUUGUAUGCCCAGCCCGUCGAGGGUGACAUGGUGCGUUGCCGAUUUUUUUUCCUCUUGCAGGGUAUAGAAGACGUGGCUGCCCUCAGUAUUACUCUCUUCUCCCGCUCUAACUUUAUUGACAUACCACGCUGCUUAAAGUUGACUACGUCGUCAUGAGUUUUUUUAGUCGUCUAAGGGUUGACCCGACCGCGGGUCAGCCUGAAAUUCUGCGCAGCGAGACCUCGCCCGGCAUUGAAAAGACUGUACCAAGGGGCGAACCAAAGGUUCUCAGCGCUGAUCAGUCGAGAAAUAUCAAAUCUGUUGCGUCGGAGGAUUCUGACAAUCAUGAUGAGCUCGUACACACGGAUAUGCAAACAGGUAUUCAGAAGGUAGAGGGAAUGGCCCAAGUCUGGCCCAAAUGGGCGCUAUACUUCACUUAUCUCUGGGUCUGGGUGAUCUACUUUAUCGAUGCAUUUGAAGGCCCAACUGGUUGGCAGUUGACACCAUACGUGACCAGCGAGUUCUCUUUGCAUGGUUUAACUGCCAUCACCGGGGUUGUGGCUCAGUUGGUAGCUGGGCUUUCCAGGCUGCCCCUGGCCAAGCUAAUUGAUGUUUGGGGACGCCCCGAAGGUCUCGCACUAUGCGUAGUCUUCAUGACCCUUGGAUCAAUUAUGAUGGCAGCCACCACGAAUGUUCAGAUGUAUGCUGCAGCGGAAGUCUUCAGUCAAGCAGGUGGAAACAACCGAAACUACAUCCUAAGCGUCCUUCUCGCCGACACCUCUCAGCUCAAGAAUCGGGGUCUUAUUUUUGCCUACAUUGCCUCACCGUACCUCAUCACAACAUUCACGUCUGGAUACUUUGUACGGUCCAUGCUUAAUGGUCCUGGAUGGCGUUGGGCCUUCGGCAUAUUUUCCAUUCUCCAUCCAGUGCUCAACCUGCCCCUGAUCAUUUUGUUAAUCUACUAUCAGAACAAAGCUUGCAAGAUGGGCAUUGUGCCAGUCAGGAACUCAGGCCGGACCCUUUUACAGUCGAUCAGGUUCUACGCCAUUGAGUGCGAUGCUUUUGGGUUGCUCCUCGCCGUUUCUGGGUUGGCGCUUUUCUUGCUGCCGUUCAGCCUUUUCCCAUAUCAGGGCUCCACUUUAUCAGAGCAAUGGUCGUCUGCUCUAGUCCUCUCAAUGCUGAUCGUUGGCUUUGUUAUCAUUGUGGCCUUCGUCAUCUGGGAAUGGAAGUUCGCACCGGUUACAUUCAUCCCGUUCCACUUGCUCAAAGAUCGCACCAUCCUCGGAUGUGCUUUGCUCUCUAUGAUUUUGUUCAUUGAGUUCUACAUCUGGAAUACUUAUUUUGCGUCGUUCCUCCAGGUGGUGCCGGCAUUGACUGUCGUGCAAACAGGAUACGUCCUCAACAUUUAUACCAUGGGUGCUUGCUUUUGGAGUUUCAUCUCUGGUAUCAUCCUCCGAUAUACAGGUGACUUCAAAUGGCAAGCCCUCUUCUUUGGAAUGCCGCUCACACUCCUCGGUGUCUCGCUGAUGAUAGUUUUCCGCCAACCAGACGUCAACAUUGGCUAUAUCGUCAUGUGUCAGAUACUUAUUGCCUUUGGGGGCGGGACUCUCGUUAUUACGGAGCAAGUUGGCGCUAUGGCAGCUACCACUCAUCAAUACUUUGCAGUGGUCUUGGCUAUCUUGUCAGUCUUCACUUCCAUCGGCGGCGCUGUCGGAUCUUCUGUUGCUGGAGCAGUUUGGGGAGGAACUUUCUCCACAGACCUUGCGCGAUUCUUACCUCCCGAGAGCCAAGCCAAUGCCACUACAAUUGCCGGUGAUCUAACUGUUCAGCUUAGUUAUCCCUUAGGUGAUCCGACGAGAAUCGGAAUUCAGAAUGCCUAUGGUAACUCCCAGAGGAUUAUGUUGAUUGCAGCGACAGCAAUCACUGCGUUAGGCUUUCCGGCUAUCUUGAUGUGGCGAGCCAUCGACACCAGGCAAAGAAAGCAGGUCAAGGGCAGAGUUCUUUAGCUUAUAGCACUCUUUUCUUGUCGAUACAAUAGGUGGAAAAGGGCAACUCAAUGACGUCGAAAGAGCAAGUAAUCUAGAAUACCCUCAGCUUGGAAGACGUGUCAUGAAGACUGUCGUGUGUAGCGAUGAAUUUUAUUACUGGCAACUCUAUCACUCGGGCACAUAAUCAUCACCUCGGCAACAAUCUGCAGC